AUGUAUGUGAUGCCUCUUCUGGUUACAGAGCCACAUCCCAUCAGGAAUUUGACUGCUGAGACUCUUAACACCACAGCAAUAGAGCUAAAGUGGGACCGACCAGAGGACUACCAGAGUACUUACCGUUACCAAGUCCAGAUCUCUGGAUGCACAUCUCCAAGCCGUAACGCCUCAACAAGCGAGGAGAAGAUCAUCAUAUCCAGCCUGCCUCCAGGAACCAGCUGCACUUUUAGCAUCUAUGGGCCAGAGACUGUGUGGCCAGUCAUCUUGAACCAGUCCACCAACAACUCCAUCACAGUGAGUUGGAGUCAUCCUAUUGGAAAUGUGGAGUCGUUUGAGGUUCUCCUGAACAGCAGCAGUAACAUCACCAGGAGCCCUUUGCUGAAUUCAAAUCCCAAUCCUCCAGGGGAUAUCACCAUGAAGAGUGCGACUACAAACUCCAUUUUUAUUGAGUGGACUCCAGCCCUCUUAAUGGACAACUCAGAUGGUUUUAACUACACAGUGAACAUCAGUAGUUCAUCAGGGACUACAGAUUAUAGUACCAAAGCCUUAAACCAGACACUGACAAACCUUACAUCAGGAACACCACAUAUCAUCUGUGUGAGAACAACUGGACCACUUGGCCUCCAGAGUGAAUCUGUUUGCAGUGGAAAUAUCACUACAAAGCCACGUCCCAUCAGGAAUUUGACUGCUGAGACUCUAAACACCACAGCAAUAGAGCUAAAGUGGGACCAACCAGAUGGAUACAAGGAGACCUACAAGUAUCAAGUCCAGAUCUCUGGAUGCACAUCUCCAAGCCGUGAUGCCUCAACAGGCGAGGAGAAGAUCAUCAUAUCCAGCCUGCCUCCAGGAACCAACUGCACAUUCAGCAUCUAUGUUGAGGUUAUGAAUGGCACAAGGGGAGAGGAACUCAAAAUCUCCCAUUAUACCAGGCCAGAGACUGUGCAGCCAGUCAUCUCAGACAACACCAACAACUCUAUCACAGUGAGUUGGAGUCGUCCUGAUGGAAGUGUGGAGUCGUUUGAGGUUCUCCUGAACAGCAGCAGUAGCAGCACCUGGUGCACUCUGCUGAAUUCAAGUAUCAACUCCUAUGAGUUUAUUUUUACAUAG